AUGACUAAACGCCCUAAUUUCCUGGUCAUCGUUGCCGAUGACCUUGGCUUCUCCGAUGUGGGCUGCUUCGGCGGCGAGAUUCGCACCCCCAACAUUGACAAGAUCGCGCAGCAAGGUCUGCGCUUCACAGAUUUCCAUGCUGCGGCGGCAUGCUCUCCAACCCGCGCCAUGAUCAUGACUGGCACCGACCACCACAUCGCCGGCCUGGGCAACCUCAUCGAGUGGACCAACAUCUCCGGCCAGAACGGUCCCAAGGGGUCGGCAAUGAGCACGGCGCCGCAGCGCGGCAUGCCGGGCUACGAGGGGUACCUGAACGAGCGCGUCGUGGCGCUGCCGGAGCUGCUCCGCGAUUCGGGCUACCACACCGUCAUGUCGGGCAAGUGGCAUCUGGGCCUCACCCCGGAGCGCUCGCCGCACAAGCGCGGGUUCGAGCGCUCCUUCGCUCACCUGCCCGCGUGCUCCAACCACUACGCCUUCGAGCCGCAGCUGAAGGACCAGGACCAGAUCCCCACCUUCAUUGAGGCGUCGUACAUUGCUCUGCACAUGGAGGAUGGCAAGUACGUGCGUAAGCUGCCCGAGGGCUGGUACUCGUCCGAUGGCUACGGUGACAAGAUGGUGGAUUACCUGCGCGAGUGGAAGGAGACUGGGGGCAGCGAUGGCCCCGACGGCAAGGGAGACCGUCCCUUCUUCGGCUACCUGCCCUUUACUGCGCCGCACUGGCCGCUGCAAGCGCCCCGGGAAUAUAUCGAUCACUACCGUGGUGUGUACGACGAGGGCCCAGAUGUGCUCCGUCAGAAGCGUCUGCAGCGCUUGAAGGAUCUGGGUAUGAUUCGCGAGGACGUCGAGCCGCACCCCGUCAACGCUGAGGAGGUCAAGGAGUGGGAGGACUACUCACCCGAGGAGAAGAAGAUGUCCUGCACGGCCAUGGAGGUGUUCGCCGGUAUGGUCGAAUGCAUCGACUCCAACGUCGGCAAGGUCGUUGAGUACCUGCGCGAGAUCGACGAGUUGGAUAACACCUUCGUCUGCUUCAUGUCCGACAACGGCGCCGAGGGCGCUGCUUACGAGGCCUACCCCAUGGUGAAGAACGGCGUGAUGCCGCACCUGCAGAAAUACUACGACAACAGCCUGGAGAACCUGGGCAACGGCAACAGCUUCAUCUGGUAUGGUCCGCGCUGGGCGCAGGCCGCCACCGCACCGGGCCGCCUGUACAAGGCGUACACGACCGAGGGCGGCGUGCGCGUGCCUUUCGUCUGCCAAUUCCCCAAGAGCGUCAGCGUGAACCCCGGUGACUCCACGCCCGCCACGAACGGCAUCACCGACCAGUUCGCCACGGUCAUGGAUCUGGCCCCCUCCAUCCUGGAGAUGGCGGGCGUCAAGCACCCUGCCCCGACCUACCAGGGCCGCGAGGUCGUGACUAUGCGCGGACGCAGCUUCUACCCCUGGACCAUCGGGCAAUCUGACCGCAUCCACCCCAAGGACUUCAUCCAGGGCUGGGAGACCUGCGGUCGUGCCGCUCUGCGUCGCGGAGACUGGAAGAUCGUCUUCAUUCCGAAGCCCAAGGGCCCCGAGCGCUGGCAGCUGUACAACCUUAUCAAGGACCCCGGUGAGAUACACGACCUGUCUGAGCAAGAGCCCGAGAAGCUCAAGGAGCUCCUCAAGCUCUGGGAUCAGUAUGUCCUAGAGACAGGUGUCGUUCCGCUCUGCCCUCAGCUUGGCGAGUUCCUCGAAGCCACUGAGGCGCAGAUGCCUGAGAAUGCUUGGAUGGAGUUCGACUACUGGAAGGAGGGUGCGCGUGAUACCCCGGAGAAGUUCUCUCGCCAGCCGCCACGCUUCGAACGUGUUGUCAAGCAGUGGUAA